AUCACCCAUGCAGGACUUUAGUCCAUUGUUGGAUCAAGUCAAACUGACCUACAAUCGGAUGCUUUCCCAAGGGGACCCUCGAGUGUCCGAUUGGGCCUUAAUGGCUAGUCCAAUGCCUACCUUUGGUAUUGUUGGCAUCUACCUCUUCGCAGUUUGGUACGGUAAAAAGGUCAUGGCUCAGCGCUCAUCAGGCUUUGAGAUCCGUAAUAUUAUGGUCUUCUACAAUGCUUGCAUGGUGCUUCUCUCCCUGUGGUUGGUCUACGAAUUCAGUGUAGCGGGCUGGAUUUUCGGUAGUUACACUCUUGGUUGUCAACCCGUCGAUCCAUCUAUGCAUCCACAAGCCCUCAGAAUGGCUCGAGCUUGUUGGGUUUUCUACAUAAGCAAGCUAAUUGAACUAUUCGAUACCUUCUUCUUCGUUCUCAGGCGCAAAUUUCAACUCAUUACCUUUCUUCACGUAUUUCACCAUGCCAUUAUGGCAGCUUCCUGGUGGUUUGGAGUCAAAUUUGUUCCAGGUGGAUUUAGUACAUUCCAUGCCCUUAUCAACAGCUUCAUCCAUGCGUGGAUGUACACUUAUUACGCUCUUGCUGCUGCGGGCCCGCAAUUUUACCCCUAUUUGUGGUGGAAAAGGUGA